AUGCUGAAUAACCGAUCGACCGCUCACGUCGUUCCUUCGUGGGACACGUGUAUAGAAGCUCUGUUCGACGCGCAUCUGCCAAUUAAAUUCGCCUUCACCGGGCGACUUUCCCUGCACGACAUCACUCGAGAUGGAUUUUACGUGCUGCGAAGAAACAUCUGCAGCUUUCCUAUAUUGGACGAUGUCUUCCGUUUCAAGUUCUGCCCCCUGGAGCCGAUUUACGUGGUUAACUGCAUUCAGGAAAAUCCGUACGAACUGAGCUUGGAAGGGCCCAAGCAAGCGAGCCACGCGAUCAACGACAGAGGCGUUUUCUUGUCCAGAGAAAUAUUACAAUUGACGAUGGACUCCAAGUUCGGCCUCCAGUGCGACUCCUCCCUCUACGAUUACGUGCAGCUGUUCAAAUGCAAGUUGAUCGCGGCCGAGUCGAAGAACGUAGUGUCGAGGACGACGCGAGGAUUCGUGGACGUCGGCUACGUGGCCUCGCGCGCCAGGAUGCUGGCCAAAUUUGUGGCGCGACAGAUGUCGGGCCCUGAUCCUUUGAUCAGAUGCAUGGAUCAUCAGCUAGAAAUUCAUCUGAAGGAGAUCAAGAGGAGCAUAGAGACCAGCGUGAUACCGCUAGGGAUGUUGAAAGUCGGUUCUUACUUUGAGAGAGCCCUGCUCUUCAAAGUAAUCGCGGACAGGGUGCACUUGCCAGCUGCGUUGGUGCGGGGACAGUACGGGAAAGCUUGGAUCGAAAUUGCGGUGCCGGAGGCAUGGAGAAUCUUGGGUUCUCUUUCAUUUUGA